AUGACUACCCAGGAAUCAAUCAAACCUCUAGUCGACAGAAUUUUGUCAAACCCGCUGCAGUUCAAUGCAGCAAUGAUCUCUAAGAAAUCAAACAAUAGUAAUAAUAACGGUACUUCCGCCGCGUCGCAAAAUGGCUCGUACAUCGUGAUAGGCAAACAACAUAACAAUAAUAGUGGCAGCAGCGCUACUACGGAGACGACUAGUAGCGAACAAGUGCAAGGGAAUGACUUGAUGGAGAAGUCAAGGGAUGAUAAAAAGUCCAACGCCGUUCCAAAAUCCAUGGCUGAGGCUUUACUACUGUAUACAUCCAAAAGCAUUAAAGACGCUAAUGAUGUUACCGCCGUCAAGAAGUCAGCAGAACUUUCUACGGAGCUUUCUACGGAACCUCCCACUUCUGCCUCUGAAGAUGAUAAAGAAGAAAUAAAUGAAGAAGAGGCAGAAGUAUUUCAUGAAGCAAGAGAAUACAUAGAACCUCAAAGCGUUAAUUUGAAGGAAAAUGACAUGGUUGACGAAGACGUUGGUGAAGAUAUUGGUGAAGAUUUAGGCAUGCCUAUACCUACCAUUGAUGUGGCAGUUAGCAAGAACGAAAAGCAAAGGGAUUUUUCUGCUAGUACUAAUGUUGAGGGCGAUGAAGUCGAUGACGAAGACGAAGACGAAGAUAUGAAUUAUGAUUCUAGUGCCAUGGAAAAAGAGCUCCCUGAAGAGGAAGAAACUGAUUCCAGCUCCACCAUUUCUGAAAAUGAAAAAAAAGACUUACGACAAGAUCUAAUGGAAAAUAAUACAGUGACGGUAAAUCAAUGCGAAAUGCAAAGUAACCAUGCUGGAGAAAACGAGGGGGAGAAUACAAAAGAGGAAGAGGAAGAGGAAGAACCAGAAUUGGAACAUAAACUAAGAUCAGCCACCCCUCCCACUACGAUAUCGAAUCUUUCAAACUUUUACCAAUUCAAUGAAAAUGCUAAUGAUCAUGGUUCCUUGAACUCUACCAGGGUAAUUAAGAAUUGGGGCGACCAGUUCACCAAUCUGAAACCCCGUGGUCUUUUGAACCAUGGUGUUACUUGUUACACAAAUGCAGCCGUGCAAGCUAUGUUGCAUAUCCCUGCCAUACAGCACUAUCUUUUCGAUGUUCUUUUGGGGAAGUACGAUAGCACCAUCUCAAAAAAUUCCGUUUCCUACACUCUGGCUGAAACGAGUAAAAAAAUGUGGCUGCCACUCUCUAAAAAUUAUAAGAAAAAUUCUCCAGCUUCCUACAUCAAUCCCAAGCAUUUGAUUUCCAGACUGGAUGAUAUCAAUUGUAUGAUGAGCGAAUGGCAGCAAGAAGAUUCUCACGAGUAUUUUAUGUCGCUGAUGUCAAGAUUACAGGAAGAUUCUGUCCCAAAGGGUCAUAAGCUUAUAGAAUCGAUAAUAUAUGAUAUAUUUGGCGGUCUUUUGAAGCAAAUCGUUACUUGUAAAUCUUGCGGCAGCACAUCUAAGACAGAGCAACCCUUUUACGAUUUAUCGUUGCAUUUGAAGGGUAAGAGAAGAUUGGACUCAAACCCUGAUUUAUUGGAAGAUAACAACAGCAGUACUUCCGCCGCUUGCUCCAGCACCAAUAGCAACACUACCAUUGCACAAUCAUCAUCUUCUCAUUCUGUAUCUGCCAACAUACACAAUGCCACACCAGACGCCGCUGUCAACGAUUUAAAUUCAGUCAAUCGUAGAUUCUCUAUUGAAAAAUCAAUCCGAGAUUUCUUCAAUCCCGAAUUGAUUAAAGUUGACAAGGAGCAAAAGGGUUAUGUAUGUGAAAAGUGUCACAAGACCACCAAUGCCGUCAAACAUAAUUCAAUUCUAAGAGCUCCAGAGACUUUACUAGUACAUCUGAAGAAAUUUAGAUUUAAUGGCACUUCAUCGUCGAAAAUGAAGCAAGCUGUUUCAUAUCCAAUGUUCUUGGAUUUGACAGAAUAUUGCGAUGACAAAGACUUACCUGUUAAGUACCAACUAUUGAGCGUGGUCGUUCAUGAAGGUCGUUCUCUAUCGUCAGGUCACUAUAUUGCCCACUGCAAACAACCGGAUGGUAAUUGGGCCACUUACGACGAUGAAUAUAUCAAUAAAAUCUCUGAAAGAGACGUAUUGAAGGAACCUAAUGCUUAUUAUCUCCUGUACACGAGACUAACUCCAAAGUUGAUUUCAUUGCCAUUGGCAAAGUCUAAUACGACGGCUCACGAUGUUACUCCCUCAGAGUAUAAACAAGAACAAAUAACCAGCGAGUCAAAUAAACGUCCAUUGAAGAUUAAUAGCAAAAAAAAUAACCGUAAAAAAUGGAAAAAAAAUAAGAAAAGGAAGUUUUCUAAAUGA